UUGUCGGGCAUAUACUGCCUGAUUUCUGGCUUCUUCGUGUUUCAGAUGCAGUGACGAAGACUCCAGGGAACAGGUUACCAUCGCUGUUGGCAGCACAAAACUCCAGACUGGAUACAAUCACUCUCUGCACGCCACACAGCGCUCCGCCUUCACGCAAAAAAAAAAAGUGACUGAAAAACUACGGAGUUGUUCCAGAACGCCUGGUGGGAAACACUGUUAACGAGACCUUUCUUCUGUCUGUCGUAUUGCGAAGUGUUGCACCUCUUUAGAAUUGCAGCUUUUAUCCGCAAUAAAGUGAAGAACUAUUAAAGAUUGCAUUGCUGUAAAAUGCACAUUAUAUUCGCAAUUUUAGCUGGUUUGGCAAUACUGCCAUUGCUCUUCCGUUCAUUCUUCCCUUACAUCGUCCAAGAUUGGGCAUACAUGGCGAACGUGAUGGGAAGUAUUGUAAAGUUUGCGAAACGCAGUAGAAGAAAUCCUCCAUAUUUGGUUUUGGAUAGAUUCUUUGAACAGGUACAGAGACAUCCUGACAAACCGUUCAUCGUGUCUCGGGAUCACACGUAUUCGUUCCGGGAAACCGAUAAACUCAGUAACAAAUUCGCCAGGGUUUUGCGGAUCCACGCUGACCUGAAAGAGGGGAAUACGGUCGCUCUGUACAUAGGAAAUGAACCCGCCUUUAUUUUCAUCUGGUUAGCUUUGGCUAAAAUUGGAUGUACGGUGGCACUACUGAAUUGCAAUAUCAGAUCCAAAUCUUUGCUUCACUGCUUCAGUUGUUGCGAUGCGAAGACCCUAAUAGCAGCGUCAGAGCUGACAGACGCAGUGGUAGAAGUGCUACCGUUUCUGAGAGAACAGAAAGCCUCUGUGUUUAUCUUGAGUGCAGAGUCUACAAUACCAGGCACUGAAACCCUUAUUGACAAGAUUGAUCAAGCGUCUGACGAGCCAAUACCUCAGUCUGAACGAUCAAGCAUUACAAUGCAAAGCCCUGCUGUGUUUAUCUAUACAUCUGGGACUACAGGGUUACCUAAGGCUGCCGUGAUCAAUCAGAAGCGACUGCUCUCAGCGUUGGUGGUGUUGUCAUCAGUGGGCGUGCACUCUGAUGAUGUCGUCUAUGUGAACCUGCCUCUCUACCACAGCGCGGCCUUCCUCAUUGGUUUCAUCGGCUCCAUUGAAGCAGGCUCCACCAUUGUUUUGAGCCGCAAGUUUUCAGUCUCCCAGUUCUGGGAAGACUGUAGGAAGUACAAUGUGACGGUGAUGCAGUACAUUGGGGAGACCAUGCGCUACCUGUGCAACACGCCAAAGAAAGACGAUGACAGAGAUCAUAAAGUCAGAAUAGCGAUUGGUAACGGUCUCAGGGCUGAUGUCUGGAGAGAGUUCUUGACUCGAUUUGGAAGCGUUCACAUCACAGAGUUCUACGGAGCCACAGAAGGAAAUAUUGGAUUUAUAAACUAUGUGGGAAAGAUUGGAGCCGUUGGUCGAGUGAACUAUUUGCACAAGAAACUCUUCCGCUAUGCACUGAUUAAGUAUGACAUUGAGAAAGACGAGCCGGUGAGAGACUCCCAGGGUCUCUGUCUGGAAGCUUCCAAAGGUGAGACGGGACUUUUAGUGGCAAAGAUAACCAAUAUCGCUCCCUUUUCUGGAUAUGCAAAGAAUCACCAGCAAACAGAUAGGAAGAAGCUGAGGGAUGUAUUUCAGAAAGGAGACCUCUAUUACAACAGUGGAGAUUUGCUAAGGAUUGAUCAGGAUAACUUUAUCUAUUUUCAAGAUCGUGUGGGAGACACAUUCAGAUGGAAAGGAGAGAAUGUGUCCACGACAGAGGUUGCUGACAUCUUUGCAAUGGUGGACUGUAUUGAAGAGGCCAAUGUUUACGGUGUUCAAGUGCCAGGGCACGAAGGCAAAAUAGGAAUGGCAGCCGUGAUCUUAAAGCAAGGAAGACAGUUUGACUGUUGCGGGAUGUUCAACCAUGUUGUCAGCUUCCUGCCCAGUUACGCAAGACCACGUUUUGUGCGAGUUCAGAAUUCCUUAGAGGUGACAGGGACGUUCAAGCAGAAGAAAGUGAAGCUGGUGGCAGAGGGAUUCAAUCCAGCCGUGCUUCAGGAUCCACUGUACUUUCUAGACGACAAGGAGAAGAGAUACGUACCAAUGACUCAGGAGAUCUAUGAUUCCAUCCUGUCAAUGGACACGAAGCUGUGAACGUGCUGCACAUAUUCUCCAGUUUAGGCACUGCUCAAAAAUGUCUGCUAGAAUAUGCAAUCCAGGAAUGUAUGGUAGUAAGAACAGGGUAAAUAGCACAGGCAGGCAGGGUUACUGAUUCUCUCAUUACUGUUCCCAGAUUCCAUUCUCUCAAGUGAGAGUAACUGAAGAAAGCAUUCCUCAGGGAUAAAAAACACACAUUGUACUGAAUUACUAUAUCGUGCAGAACCAAGAGAAAUACUGUACAGUAGCCUGCACUGACAUGAUGUAGAUUUAAAUAUCAGAAUAUUGCUGCUCCAGAACUCAUUAAUGUAAAGCCUCAUUGCUCACACUUAAAUCUUUCUGUUAAUUAGGAUAAGUUUUUUUUUAAAUAGAAAUAUACCCAGGGACUUUAAUAAACAGUAGUACAAAUUGUAAAUCUAAUGAUACUGACAGCGGGCUCCAACAAGCCAGGGGCAGUUUUAGAUUAAUGAUUUUAGUGCUCCUACCAUGUGGACAGUGUCUGAGCUAAAGCACUACAUCUCCCAACCUGGCUCAAAGGACAUAAAGUACAUUAAAGUAAAGUAUGAAUUCCAGUUUUACUAUGCUUUAAUGCUAAAAUUAGAUUUUGUUUUGUUGAUUGAUACGAAACUAUAUCUCACAAUGUGUCAUAUGAACAAGCAUGCUCGUUUCUACGGUGCAAAGGCAGGAAAAGACAACAGCAGCAUGUGUCCCUGCUGCUUUUAUUUAAAGCAUCUAUCCAUAAAACUGAAAUAACAGCCUUGAAAACUAGUACUUCAAGGGUUGAAAGACACACGACAUGGGCUAGCACACAGAGAGCUCGGCAUGGAAAUGUUUUUCAGCACGCUGAACUAACAGAUUCGUUCAAACAAAAUAUAUUCAUGCCGAAGACAUUUUCAAAAGAGUUACCCAAAAACUCAAAAAUGAUGGUUGUGUCAGGAAUUUGUUUUUAUUUUUAAAACGAUUUAGAAUAAAUGUUGUUUUUUUUUCACUGGGGGGAAUAUUGGUCUUUACUUGAAUCCAUUAUUUUCAAUUAUGUUUGUGUUUUCACGUCAAUUACUCCACGAGUGUAUUUUUAUAAAGGAGCCACACACUUAUUAUUGCACAGUCUC